CCUGGAUGAGUGGUCUUAGGUGGAUUCCUCUAGUGUUCUUGGCUCACAGUAAUUCAUCUGAAGGUGGAUUCAUCUGAGGAACAGGAGGGGAGGGCCAGCACUGCAGGCCCCAGUCAGAGCCAGGCGGGGAAAUCAGCUUUAGCUGAUAGCCCUCCCUCAGAACACUCAGAAGAGCAACCUGGACCCCCCUGAUGCAGGAACCACAGCCCAAGACAAAUCACGCACUGAACGGUAUAGGAUCAAGCACAAGCAGCAGAAGCGCAAACAGAAGGCCCAGCAUGGAGUUUCCCUGAAAGGCAACAUGCUGACCUGGUUAAUCGGCUGUGUUGAUUUAUGACCCGCUGGAAAUAAGGCUGGCUGGUAAUAGCUUGCAGCUGCAAACAACAUUGUUUCAGCACUGUGCUUCACUUUGCUCUAUCGGACCCAAACAGAUGCCCAAACUUUCAGUUGCCCACUGGGACCACUCCUUCAGAUAUCCCUGACUGAUCUAGGCACUUGAUACUACGACUCUGUGGAUUUAACUGUGGACUUCUUUGAUCUCACAUCCUCCUAUUAACUAUAGUGGAAUUCCUGUGAAUGGCCUGCUUUCUUUUUGCAUUUUUCUUGAAUAUAUCCAAGCCUUGACCAGGGCAUUUUAAUGCCUAUCAAAUAUAAAACAUUUAAUCAAAGAAAGGAGUACAAAGAGCUGGAAUUCUGUUGACAAAAUCUUGGGCUUUUCCAGUCUACAGAGAUAAUUUCAGGUAAACCCUCCCAUCCCAUUGAUUUACAACUGAGCACCUGCUUUUGUUUAUAACCAGGAACUCUUACUAGCAGCUGCAAAUAUGUUUGUGCUUUUAUACUAUUUAUGCAAGCCAGAAUCAAAGAACAAACUGAAGAUCAGGAAGUGGUUUUCAUAGUCAAGAGCUCGCCUCUUUGGAUGGCAACAUACACAGAACAGUUGUUGCUGGAACCAAAAUUGAGUUUGUAUGAACUAAAGCUGUGAGAGAGACUGACAGGAGAGAUUGGGGUCUAGAAUCAGAUGUUCUUACAGGUCAGUUUGGGUGGGGAGUGGUGAAGUGUUUAGAAAGUUGCAUGGAUUUUACUGGAUGCAGAAUCUUAGAGCAAUUUCCUGUUGUUACAAGGGAAAUCUUGAAAGCAUUUUAUGCAGCAGAGUUUGCUAAAGAGUACUAGGUAAAGCAGAAUAGAUAAUAUUUUACUUACAAGGAUGGAAAAUACCUGCACUUCAGUUUGCUAUUACUUUGCAUUUCCUUCACGCUCAUCCCUAUUUGUACUGCUCUCUGUUAGAUUUAAGGUACAAUCCUAUGCAUGUGUUGACAGAAAAAAACGAAUAACCGUACCAUAUCCUCAAUCCUUGGGAACUUUUUGCAAUGGUUAAUACCAAAUGGCCUUGAUUGACAGUGUACAAAGAAGGCUUCUCUUUACCAUUAAGUUGUUGGCUGAAUUCCUGUUUUAUUAUCUAGGGCAGUAAUUGAAACUGGUUAUAAAACAGGACACAUAAGGCUAUCUGUGCAUUUCUCUACAUGAGGUGUUUAAUCCGGCAUGUUACUGAAGCUUAUUUUUUGGCUUGCUUUCUUGGAGGAGUAGAGGAUCCUCCACACAAGAUGUUCCCCCUGCCCCUGGAGGUGUGGUUUCCUCUAUGCCUCUUUACAUACAGUGGGUUCUGUUACAUAUAACACAGGACAGUGUUGUGGACUAGAGCAGAACUGUGAAAUUAUACAGGAGUUCUGCAGCAAAUUGUAGCCGCAUUCAAGAAAAUUGCUGUCUUUCCCCGUUCUAAAAGAAAUAACAAACAUGGCUGCAAAACAUGGGAGAGGCCUUGGAGGAAGGCGAGAUCAUGAAAAGGGCUGACAAACUCCAGUGUAAGCAAGUGUAAAGUAACACACUUGGGGCAAAAAUCUCAACCUAGUAUAAGCUGAUGUGAUCUGACCUAGCAGUUACUUACCAGGAAAGAGAUCUUGGGGUUGUUGUAGUUUGCUCAACAAAAAUACCAGCCCUAUCCACAGCUAGGCAAAGUCCACAUUAGUCAUAAUUAAGAAAGUAUUAAGGAUUGUUCUGUCCUUAUGCAAAACUGUGGUGUGACUGCUCUCAGAAUAUUGUGUCCAGUUCUGUUCCAUACACCUAAAAAUAAUUCUGUAGAGUUGAGAGAUGGCGUGGAGAAAGCAGAGGGGAGUCCUUUUUUCCCUCACAGUGACCACGGGAAUCCUUUGUUCCUUCACAAUGAGACGCAUCUCCAGUAUCAGAGGGACAGAUGCCUCUGAGUGUGAGCUGUUGGGAGAGGCCUGCUGUGCUUAUGGCCAGCUGGUUAGCUUCCCGCAGAAGCAUCUGCUGCCAGAGGAACAGAGCACUGGAUUAGAUAGAACCUUGGGCCAACCCAGGAUGGAUGGUCCUAAUCACCCUACAACCCUGAGCAUGCAGUGCUCCGGUUCACAUCUGUUUUCCCUUUUGCUGCCUGCCUUUUUUAAAUGUAAGCGAGCCAUCCGCCCCGAGACCACGUGAAUACAACUGGCAGAGGUGUAAACCACAUCCCUGCCUUUGUCACCGUCACUGCCUGUUUGCAUUUCGGUACACCUUUUGCUGUUUCUCCAAGGCUCUUUGUCAGGGCUCUUUCGGCCGCCGCUUCUGAAGCCCAUAUCCACUCCGCGCAUCGUGUGCACACGCAACACAAGGUAUGAUCUGCCGGGUCGAGCAGCAGGUUCGUCGGUGAGCUUUCAGCAGAACUGCAAACUAAACUUUAAAAUGGAGAGUUUAAGACAGGUUGAUAGAGGGCUAGGAGCGGGAGAACCGUUUGCAACCUCCCUGCAGAGUGGCAAUCUACCUUUGAGGAGUAGGGACUGCGGCAAAACAGGAAAAAGACCUUCUCCAGCAAACCCUGGGUUUCCCGGCUGACCAUCAGUUGGGAAAGGGGUCACUGACUAAGCACAUCCUUAGGGCUUGAUUCAGCCCUUCAUCCAGCUUGGAGUCCCAGAGAGCCUUUCCAUCGCGGACGGACAAAGACCAGUUGUGUUUCUUCCGUGGUGAGGGAAUGCCCACGUUGUUGUUUGGUUUCUAGCUGAAAGGUGUCGACAUCUAAGCACACCCCUGGCACGGGUGCUUCACACAAACUUUUGUCUGGAAGAGCGACGUUAGAAGUGGGUACACCUGGGCAUUAGUCCAUAGAAAAGCUCGGCAUCCGUUCCGGCUGCCAUUUUUCCUGCGAGAGUGCGCACAUGCCGUGUAAUUUCCCAUGUGGUGUCUCAGAUGAAAUCUGGUGUAAGCAACAAGGGUUAAUUUUAAAAAGGGGCAGAAGAAGCGAGGCCACGUCAACGGCCGCCGAUUUGGACGGCUUUAAAAGAGGCUUGUACAAAUUCCUGAUGGCGCGGGCUGCCCGUGGCCAGCUAGUCCUGACAGCCCUGUGCUACCUCCAUUUCAGUGUUGGUGUUCCUCUGUGCACCAGUUCUGGUGUUACUUUCUGUUUCUUUGCACUGGCCAUUGUAUACAGUUCUUUUUGUCUCGAUGUGCUAGUCAUCGAAAAGUUGCAUUCGAGAUUCUGACCCUAUUCCCAUCAUCUUUUGCUUUUGAGUCAUGCCUGUCUUUAGCAAUUCGGAGUGCAUCUUUUGCCAUCCGUCUGGUCGUCAUCUUUUUUGCUACAAGAAUUGUCUCUUCGCACUCCUCUCCAGUGCUGUCUCUGGUUUGAGUCCACAGUUUGGUUAACUGAGUUCGGUAGUGGAUUUUAUGUGGAUUUCAAAUUAGUCAGGAAUGUUUUCUAGGCUGUAUUUUGGCACUGUGCUUCUCUUAGUGGUUACAUUCCCAUGCUCAAACUAACUGAGGGUGGGAAUUCAAGAGGGGGCCUAAGACAAUAGCAAAACUCAAACUCAAAAGGGGAACUGAAAUGAUGAAGUGGUUAGAGUAACAUCCCUCAUGUCCCCUUCCUUUCCCUCCAGUAUUGAGUGGCUUCCCACAUUUUGACACACACAUGCUCACGCACACCCAGUGUAAAAGGCUGAAUUGCUUCCCCUCAGCCUGGUGGUGAGCUUUAAGCUUAAAACAUGCUGUGAUGUUUGGUGCUGCCUAUCUGAUUUUCGCCUUCACUCCUAACUGGAAUGUGGCCCCCAGGAGCCUCUCUGAAAGGGAACGUGGCCCUCAGCUGCAAGAGGUUCUGUGCUCCAGGGAUGACUUGUUUUUCUUCUCCAGGAAGGCCUUCAGGAGGACCAGGCAGAAAGCUUGGAAGGCAUGAGCUGUGGACAUGAAGCGUGUGGACACUUGGGCAUGAAAGAUGGCUUGGACCAUCCCCAGGGCCAGCAAGAGGCCGACAGAAGGAGAUUUACUGGGACCCGAGCACACACUAGCAAAUGGGAAAUGUGAGGGUCCCAUCACACUUCUGAAGCGGCUGUCCAUAACCAGAUGCGUUUGGGAGCUUCCUGAUGGCCAGCCAGGACACGUCAAGGAGAUGCUGUCAGCACAAUUGCCUGGGGCAUUCAUUGUCUCUAGGGAUGGAUCAAGUGGUGCCAGUGAUCUCUUCAUUCAGACACAGGAAAGCAAGACUGACAUUGUCUGCCAAUUCACCAUUAAGGAGGACAGCUCAGGCGUUUAUCUCAAGGGCUCCCAGUUGAGGUUUGGAGACCUUCUGGAACUGCUCAGCUUUCACCUUGUUAGCAGGGAUAUCCUGCCCCACCUGCUGCGGCUCCCGGAUGCCUUUUUACUUCGGCACAGGCCAAAACUGGAUGCGGUGGCUGCACUGGGCAUGAAGUUCUGGACAAUGCCUCUGAAACCCAGCAGCAGGCCGGCAUCAGCCCAAGCAGGGCCCACGGUGCUGAAUGGAGGCCCUUCUGAACCCGGGCAGGCGGCCUGCUCCAUCCGAGUGACGUCCGAGGACGGGGCUCUGUGCUUCAUCAACCCCCUGUUCCUUUCGGUGCACACCGAUGUUAGCUGGCUGGACCUCGCGCCGGGCCCGUGCCACCUGAGCGCCCGGAGGAGGAGCCUGCAGUUCCUGAAUGGCUCGGCUGAGGCGGCGUCUGGCAAGCUAGGGGCCCAGAAGUGUUCGAAUCCCCCGGGGCCUCUGGAGGAAGAGGAGGAGCGAGGGAAAGGUCUGCUGUGCUCAGCCUCCAUGCGGCGGAAGCUCCUUCUUCGCAGCCUGGCCUGGAACAGUUCUGAGCCUGCCUCUGAGGAGCCGCCCUUGUCCCCCGAUUCCCUGCAGAAGGAGACCCGGUCCCCACACCGUGUUUCCUGGAUCGAGGCCGUCCCCCUGGAUUCUCCUGCUGGCUGGCCACUGAAAAAGUCGAGUUCCGAGUCCUCGCUGCUGCCCGAGACGGGACUCCUCCCUCCCAUCCCCGAGCUGGAUUCGCUCUCCAUCAGCAGUGUGGAGGACGAGGGCGAGGGGGCCUCUCCCGCCUCCGCUGCUCCCCAGAAGAGGAACCGCCACUCCUCCUCCCUGCUGACUUACAAGGUGCUUCACCGCCUCUCCGCCGUGGGCAGCGCCUUCAGCGGCUUCCUCUCUGCCGAGCGCCGGGUCUCCAAGCGGGUGCAGGAGCUGGCCCAGGAGCCGUCGUCCUACGUAGGGGGGCUCGUGCAGAGCUUUGUGGGACACAUCCUGCGGGGCGCCGGGGCGCGGCACCUCACCAGCACCGAGAUGCUGCAAGAAAUCCGGCAGAUGAUCAGCAACCUCAAGGGCUACCUGUGCGAGAGCUCGGAGCUGCGCGCCGUCUGCGAGCACAGCGAGCUGGAGGAGAUGGACCUAGGUUCUGUGGUGGAAAACUCCUUAUACAAAUGCAUCCUGAAGCCGCUCCGGGACUCGAUCUACGCCCAGCUGCUGGACUUCCGCGCCCGUGACGGAACCCUGGGCAAACUGCACGAGCACAAGGUCACCAUGAGCCAGCAGAGCCUGGCCGAGCUGGGAGUGAUCGCCGGUGUGCCUGACGGGCCUGCCCUGGAGCGGGUCCAGACCAAGCUGAGUCUCAUGCACCAGGCCUACUCGCCCAAGAAAAAGGAGACGCAGAUGCUCAAGGUCUGCAAGAUGCUGUACGAGAUCAUGAACCAGGCUGCGGGCAAGACAGAGCCUUUCGGUGCUGACGAUUUCCUGCCGGUUCUGAUCUACGUGCUGGUGAACUGCGACAUUGUGUCGGUGCAACUGGAUGUGGAGUACAUGAUGGAACUGAUGGAUCCCAGCCAGCUGCAGGGAGAAGGAGGGUACUACCUCACAACUUGGUUUGGGGCCCUCUACCACAUCGCAAACUUCCAGCCAGCCGCCAUGGUGACACGGCAGAUCAGCAUCGAGGCCCAGCACUCCAUCCACCAGUGGCAUCGCCGCCGUACCAUCUAUCACCACCACCGGCGAAACUCACAGAACAUCCUCUACAUCUCCUUCCAUGAACCCUUCAACAACCAGAAGACCAUCUUUGUCCCCAGUGACAUGACAACAGCCUCUGUGUGUGCAGUGUGUGCGGAGAAGUACGGCAUCUCAGAUCGGGAGGCGUAUGGCCUCUUCUUGGUGUCAGGUGACUCCUCCCAACUCUUGGCCGGGGACAGCUGUCCUCAAAGGCUCCGCCGGGACAUCCUCCCAUCUCAAGGCGUCCCCGUGAAUUUCGUUUACAAACCUAAAGGUGGAGAUUUGCCCGCUGUCAUUCCCCUUCCUCUUCCGACCCCCAACUGUGAGACUGAAGCGCAAGAAUUCCUGGAAAGCGUGCAUACAGAGCAACUGGCAGCAGAUUGACUAUGGUCUCGGAGCUUUCCAGAAAUGUUUAUUCUUGAGAGUUGCCCGAGAUUCAAGGCAUCUGACUUGGCAGAACUUUUAGGACAAAAAUUUGGACAUUUGGGAAGAAAAUCUCAGCCAGGAAGCGUCUUGCAAAGAUGCAGAAAAGGAAAACUAAAAUGGCAAAGGAGUUGGAACAGUCCUCCCUUGAGGAAAGGAUACAACGCCAGAAACUGUUUAACUUAGGGGAAAAGAUGUGUAUGGGAGACAUGGUAGAGUCUCCAGAGUUAUGCAUCAAGUGGAGAAAGUAUAGGAGGUAUUUUUCUCCCCCUCUCUCAACAGUAGAAUUCACGGGAUCACCCCAUGAAAUGGAUUAGUAGGAGUUAAUUUAUGGAAUUGCUGUCACAAGAUGUAGAGAUGGUCACUUGAAUGUCUUUAAAGAUGGCUUAGGCACAUUGGAGCAACCCUCCUUCACUUUUGCUCUAGAGCAGGGGUCUCAAACUCACGGC